AUUUCUUCUAAUUGCUUUGUCGUUGGGUUAUUGAUACCACUACAUUCUGAAGUCAUGGAUCCAGAAGACUGUAUCGUCAAAGAGAAGAGGCCACGAUCUGUUGGCAGUGAGUCUGAAAAUGACUCAAAACCGCUUUCCAAAAAACAGUGCCAUAACGGUGAGAAAGUCAAGAAAGACUUAAGUGCCCUUAUGAAUAGUAGUGCGGACAGCGCUGACUUUAAUUUAGAACUUCACAGUGAUUCUGAUGAAGAUAAAGACAUGGAAACACCCAGUGACUCGCAAGUUGGUGUGGAAGAUGAAUCUUCGUCUGAUUUACCUCUUGCCUUGGUUGUGUCCAAAGACCUUAAAGUUCAGUUAACGGACAUUAAAUCAUCUGUCGUAAAGAUGCCACCACAGACAUGUAAAGACUCUUUGAAGGAGAUCAGCAAGAUCAGUCCAGAAUCUGCAAAAAGGAGAGUUAAAAAUUCUGAGAAGAAGGAGAAGUCAGACUCAUCAUCUGAAUCGGAUUCUGUGGGGAAAAUUAGCAAUAAAAGCCGGAAGAUCAGUCCAGAAUCUAAAAAAAGGAGAGGUCUCAAAUCUGUAAACAAAGAGAGCUUCGACUCCUCGUCUGAAUCAGAUUCUGAGGAGCCAAAUAGUCAUAAGACCAAGAAGAUUAGUCCAGCUUCUCAAAUUAAAAGUGGUCAGAGAUUGUCUGGUGAAGAUUCUGGCAAAAGCAACAAAAAUGCUCUUACAUCAAAGACUAGGCAAAAGACUAUCGCCAGCAAGAAAAGUAAACCUACUAAUGAUAGUUCCACCUCUGAUUCCGGUUCUGAUUCUGCUUCAGAUUCCAAGAUUAGCUCCAAAACCAAUCCAAAGAGUAGCCCUACGAAGGAAGACAAAUCCUGUGAGGAUGAUUCCAGUUCCGAUUCUGGUCCAGAAUCUGAAAGUGAACUAAAGGGAAAAACCAGCGCCAAAAGAGAAGAUUCCACCUCUGACUCUGGUCCAGAUUCUGAUACAGACUCGAAAACUGGCCCCAAAAUAAAGCAAAAGACUAGCUCUGUCAAGAAAGGUAAAGCCAGUUCCACAGAGUCUUCUUCAGAUUCUGGUCCGGAUUCUGAUACAGACUCGAAAACUGGCCCCAAAAUGAAGCAAAAGACAAGCUCCAUCAAGAAAAGCAAAGCCAGUUCCAAAGAUUCUACCUCAGAUUCUGGUUCGGAUUCUGAUUCCAACUUCAAAACUAAGCUAAAGCCUAAAACCAGCUCCAAUAAGAAAGGUGCAUCCAAUAAUGAUGAUUCUACCUCUGAUUCUGGUCCAGAUUCAGAUUUAGACACCGAAACCAAUUUGAAGCCAAAGGCCAGCUCCAAUAUAAAAAGUAAAGCCAGCAAAGAGAACAAUAAUAAGAAAAAAUCGCCAAAUGCUGAUGAGGAUCCUCACAAAGACCCCAAAAUCAUUCGUCUGAAGAAAUUUCUUAAAGCAGCUGGUAUCAAUGCCAGAUACCUUAAGUUGUGGGAGGGCUGCAAGAAUAACAAAGAGAGAGCAACAAAAAUCAAACAAGUGCUUCAAGAUGCUGGGAUUAAAGGCCAGCUGAGUUUACUGAAGUGUAAACAGUAUAAGGAGAAGAAGGAAGAAGAAAAGGAACUGGAGGAAUUGAGCUCAAACAUAAUUUUAAAUAAAAAUGGGCGAGCUCUCCGAAGUAAGGAGAACAUUGAAGAAUCAGCAAGCAAAACUCCACCAUUGAAGAACAACUUUCAGCGCAUCAAGGCAGUGUUUAGUUCAGAUUCAGAGUGAUAUGGCAUAAAUGUGGUUUGCCUCACUCUUUGUAAAACUUUGAUUAGUAAUUGGUUUUGAUAGUUUUAUUUGUUGUGUUCAAUUGCAAAAUCUUUUAUUAUUAUUAAUGUUGAUCUCCUUAGAUCAAGUUUAUUGGUCAAACAUAUAUUGUACACUUGCAUGUUUUUUUUUUGUUUUGUAAUCCUUAUUUUAAAUAUGAAUGAAAUAUGGAUGAAAUACAAAUAAAAACUAGG